AUGCUUCAGCAACACGAUGUCGAUGCGCCACUCGCGCUUAUGUAUGUGAUCGUUGAAGAGAUCAAGAGAUUUGGACUAGCCCUCUAUAAGGUAUGCCGGUUGUCCACUCCAACCUCCUUUGACUUGAGCGGAGAAUGUUUCAAUGGUGACAGAAAUGAUCUAUUGACCCUGGCCGACUUGUCCUUUUGCAUGCCUGACAGUGAUGAACUUUGGAAUGCUCCGUGGGGCAGGGGGUCUGAGGUGUUAAACAAGUCUGAUUCAUCCGCAGUCGGACGGGAUAAUGGAGAUGCGAGAAACUGGAUAUCUCAAUCAUCUGCUCUUCUACAUGACGCACGAGUUAGCUUUGAUUGGAUAUAG